CUAGGCCACCACUUUUCCCACUCCCACCAGAGCACUGAAGAGUGAAGAGAGAGACCCUCCUCCGACUCGGAGCACCGCCGCCGCCGCCGGAGCUCGAGACCUAUGGGCGGCUUCGCGACCUCGCGCCCGGCCUCCAUAGGCCUCUGCGCCUUCCUCUGCUUCCUUAACCUCUUCGCCUUCCUCCUCGCCGUGGGCGCCGAGCGCCGCCGCAGCACCGGAAAGGUGGUGCCGGACGAGUACGACGACCGCUCCUACUGCCUCUACGACACCGACGCCUCCACGGUCUACGGCGUCUCCGCCUUCUUCGUGCUCCUGCUCCAGCAGGCCAUCGUCACCGCCGCCACUCGGUGCCUCUGCUUUGGGCCCGCGCUCUCCUCCCUCGGCUGCGCCGUCGCCGCGUUCGUCCUCUCCUGGACAACAUUCCUCAUCGCAGAAGCUUGCCUCAUAGGGGGAUCGGUGAAGAAUGCAAAACACACCAAGUAUUUAGGCUACUAUAUGAAGCACGAUCUGGUGUCCUGCGCCACCCUUCGCAAGGGGGUCUUCGCAGCUGCUGCUGCGAUGAUGAUCAUCAACCUCGUGGCAUCCCUUCUCUACUACUGGAGCUACUCAAAGGCUGCAACUGGUGGGUUCAUGAAGCACCAAAACGAGGUUGGCGUGGGCAUGACGGAUUACGGCCUUGACAAGGGAGUUUCUGACCCUGAGUGAGCUGGCAUCUUGUUGCUCUGUCUGUGCACUAGCGCUAUAUAUCCUGUGCCUGAAGCUCUGUUGUUGCUCUACACUGUAAACGACUCCAGAACUGUAAUACGCGUGAAGUUCGUGGUAGUGUUAUUGUAUGGUUCACGAGCUCUCUCUGUGAAGAUGUGGUAGCCUUCAGUAUUAUUUUUCUGUUGUGCUUUCUUAUGCUCAGAGUUCCUCGCGUCACACAUACAGGCUUGCUGUUGUACUUGUACAUCACUUUGAUGCUCGUCGUUUCCAUGGCAUGUCGGAGGUACUAAAUUUCCAUUAAA